AUGCUGCCGUGCGCCAGGACAUGCGGGCGCGGUAGCGGACAACUGCUCCAGCCAUUGCGCAUCCGCGUACGGCAUCAGACCACACACGCAAAAGCGCCACGAAAAGUCAUAUUCUCUGGCAUCCAACCAACCGGAGUGCCACACCUGGGGAACUACCUGGGAGCUCUGCGACAAUGGGUCAAACUUCAAGAUGAAGCGGAAAAGUCCACCAGCCUGAUAUACUCUCUGGUCGACCUCCAUGCGAUUACAGUCCGCCAGGAUCCCGCCCAAUUGCGGCAAUGGAAGAAAGAAUCACUCGCGAUGCUGCUAGCAAUCGGCCUGGACCCCAUGCGCAGCACUAUCUUCCAUCAAAGCGAUGUACCCUCCCACGUUGAACUUAUGUGGAUCUUGUCGUGUCAAGCCUCGACUGGAUAUCUCGGCCGCAUGACCCAGUGGAAGGACAGGACGAAGAACGAGAAGGAAGGCGGUGAGAGACUGAAGCUGGGCCUCUUCUCCUAUCCUGUCUUGCAAGCAGCGGAUGUACUCGUCCAUCAGACGACACAUGUGCCUGUGGGGCACGAUCAGGCACAGCACCUCGAAUUCGCGAGAGAAAUCGCGAUUGGCUUCAAUCACCAAUACAACACAGACAUCCUCGUCCCUCCCGAGACCCUCAUUAGUCCGGCCAAGAGGGUAAUGUCUUUAGCAGAUCCCGGAGUAAAGAUGUCCAAGAGUGCCGAGAAUCCGAAAUCCAGGAUUCUCCUUACAGACUCGGAAGAAACCAUUCAAGCGAAGCUCAAAGCAGCCGUCACGGACUCACUGCCGGGAAUUGAGUAUGACCCUGAAAGGCGACCGGGAGUGAGCAAUCUAAUCGAUAUCAUCCAUCAUGCCGGCCAAACGCAAAGUGAUGCUACUACCGAUGGAAGCGGCCAAAACGCUCUCGCCAAGGACAUGGAACAAAUGAGCCUGCGUGCCAUCAAAGAACGCGCCGCGGAAGCGGUCGAAAAGCUCAUCAGGCCCAUCCGCGAAAGAUACGCCGAAGUCCUGGCCGAUGAAGCCUUGCUUGAAGAGGCGCAACAAGCAGGCGCAUUCAAGGCUCAGAUCACGGCCGCAGACACCAUGCGAAAAGUGAAGACGACUGUAGGAUUGGCUUGA